GCACAUCUCGAUACGCAGAGCGCGAGAUUGUGCCAGAGAGGCCGACCAAUUCACCGCUGCAGACAGCAACGACACCGCCGCCAUGGCCCUCAUCCAAACCAGCCUCAUCUGGGUCGCUUACGCCGUCGCCGUCGCCCUCCUCUUCCUCAUCGCGUCCACCUUCGUCUACGUCUACCAGAAGCCGCGCGAUCGCGCUGCUGCCGUCACCAUUGUCUGCAUAUUCACCACCCUUGCGCUACUGGCGACGGUCCUGCUGAUCCCCGUCGACGUCGCCCUCGUCUCAUCCACGUCCAGAUCCAGCCUCGGUCGCAAGAAGGACUGGGCCACGCCGGACAAGGUCGACAGCAUCGUAUACACGCUGCGCAUCGUCUACUACACGCUGUACUCGCUCGAUGCAGUCCUCUGUCUGCUCGUCAUCCCCUUUACCUACUUCUGGUACGAGGAAUACGACGAGGAUGCCGCCGAGCACGGAGAGCAGACGGCGGGACAGCGCAUUGGCGGCGCCCUCAAGUGGACGAUUGGCUUCCUCGUCUUUGUCGUGGCCAUCUUCCUUGUCGGCUUCUUCGUGCCCUUUGCAAAGCAGGCCAAGGACGACAAGCGCCUCGACCUCGACUACUUCAAGCACCUGCUGUCGGAGAAUCAUGGCGAGCGCGCUCUGUCCUUUGCGCUCGGAUUGCUCAUCACCGUGGGAACUGUCCUGUACGUUCUCUACACUGGCGCCGGCCUGGCGCUUCUGCCUGUUGCCAUGAUCAAGUCGGCGCCUUCCAUCUCAGCGCCUACCCUCGCUGCGAACACUGCCUCUCAGCUGGAGACCAACCGCGAGCGCCAGAGGCAGCUCGAGGGCCGCAACCAAGGUCGCGACGGCGGAUUGGACAGCAGGGACAGGCGAGAACUAGAGGCUCUUGUUCGCGAGGAGCGCACUCUCAUCCGCCGCGAACGCCUUGCUGCCGAGUCGAGCGGCGAGGACCGCCAUUGGAUUGUCAAGGCCUGGAUCAGGACCGAGGCGUUCUUCCGCCCGCUCAAGCUCCUCGGAGGGCUCAUCCUCCUCGCCUUCGCCCUUGUCAUCUUCGCUAGUAUGCUCAUCACUGGCAUUGACAAGGCCAAGAACUCCAUCUGCGGCUCUCACUGCGGAUACAUUCUUGGACACAUCAACAUCUUCCAGCCUCUCAACUGGAUCCUCGUCAAGUCUUCCAAAGUCUUCCCUGUCGACUAUGUCUUAUUUCUGCUGCUCGUUCUCUUCUUCUUUUCUGCGUCUGUUGUUGGCAUCGCCACGGUCGGUAUCCGCUUCUUGUGGAUUACCAUCUUCAAGAUCCGCAAGGGCCACACUUCGCCUCAAGCGCUCCUCAUGGCUACUGUUCUCCUCACGCUCAUUGUCCUCGCCAUCAACUACUCGGUUGCCAUGGUUGUUGCACCUCAGUACGCUACCUGGGGUCCGCAAACCUACUGUGACAUGAAGACCAACAGUCGUGACGAGCAACCCGACUGCAGCGAGCACAAGAACCUCAUCAAGCCCUGCAGCGAACUUGCCACCAACCCCUCCGCGCAGCAGGUCUGCACACCCUCUGUCCUCAGUACCUUCAUCAACCGCGUCACCAUCAACUUCCCCUUCUUCGGCGUGGUUCUCUUUUGGGCUCAAUUCGCCUUUUUGGGCGUCUACCUCGUUGUCUUCAUCACCACGCUCUUCAGAGCGCCCACCCUUGACCAGGAACAAAUGGAUCGCGAUCUCGAGGAGGAAGAGGAGGAGGGUCUACUUGCAAGCACCGGACGCAGAUUCAACGCUGCAUGGAGUGAUGCCACUGGUCGCGCCACCAAGCCUACCACUGGAUAUGGUGCCACCAACUCAAGGAAUGAGGAAAAUCACUAGUUUUCAAGUCGUCUUGCCAAUUCAUGGAAAUAAGGUUCAAAAUUGUUCAGUGAGCUAGAGUACAACUCUGGGGCGAGCGUAUACACCGGCUUGUUUUGUUCUUUAUGUUUUUCAUCAGUGUGUUUUUAGCUAUGCUUUUUCUUAUAAAGCCUUUGUUUUAGUAGUUGUGCGUGUAUGCAAAGAAUCGAUUUC